CCUCUGCGCUGUGCGAGACGCCAUCGAGGCAGCCCGCCGCCGAGGCCGGGCCGGGCCGGCAGCCUUCUCCCAACCGCGAUCAUCACGCCGCGAGGGUGCCCCCGCGACCAUGGGCAAAAAGCCGCGCAGGCCGUCUCUGGUCUCCCCCAAGACCCAGAAGGAGCUCGCGACGCUCACGGGCAGCAUGAAGGCCAACACGGCGCGCCACCUCGCCGAGGAGCAGUGCGCCGAGGAGCGGACGCGCCGGCGGCCGCGGACGCCGUCGCCGCGGCGGCCGAGGAGCACCGUCUUCACCCGUCUCGCCGGAGAAGAAGUAGAAGCGGCCGAGGCGGACGCUGUCGCCGCGUAUUUGAAGAGAUGCAACCACGUGCGCGUCGGAGUGCCCGUGUGUGUCGUGCGGAGAGACGUCGCGUUCGAGAGUCCCCAAGUGGCCACGCUGCCUCGAGACCAGCUGGUUGUGGUAGAAGAAGAACGGUUGCUCGGAGACGAACGACGCGUGCGGCUGUCCGCACCAUGCAUCGGGUGGGUGUCUCGACGAUGUUUAGUUGUUAGUGAAGACUUACUGAACGAGAGAAGAUUGAGAACGUUAGUUUGCGUCUCCGGAGACGAAUUACCGCUCUUCGAGGCUUGGUUAAAAUUCUACCGGAGAUGGCACAAUUCUCAGAGAGAACUACACGUCGGCUUCUACGACGACGAGGCCUACGCGUACCUUUUGAGGUUACAAGACGACGAUGCAUUAAAUGUGAUCCUCCACGACACCGUGAUCUUUCCCAACGUUUAUGAACGAAAAGAGGCCCAGAAACGCCGAGAAAAGAUGCGCAUCUACCAGUGGGUCUGCCAGUCCGCGCCUGUGUCAUUUCUCGGCGAUGGCGGGGCCGCGCUGGCUCCGUCGAGCGAUUCAGGACGAACGCGCCGUACAUUUGAUGUCCACGCAGGUCCGCGCCGGUCGGCGCGCCCGUGGUCUACUCGUCGCUCGAAGCGUUCUGGAUCAAGGACCCCCUACCUGAUCUGUUGCAACACCGGAGACGAGUACCGCCGAUGCUCGAUGAUAUAAGGCCGCAGGGCCGGCCUUGUUUGCUGUUCUCGCUGGAUUAUGGGGAGAUCUACGAGGGCGAAAAGAAUGUGGAAUUAUGCACGGGCUUCUGUUGUGUUUUUAACGAAGAAAGCUCGAGGAAAUUCCUGCGGGAGUGGCGAGCCAAAGUCGACGCGACGGGCGCGCAGGGCUCGUAUGAUCAAUUACAGGUGAACCAGAUGUACAAGACGUGGACCGCGUCGCAGAAGAUAAGGACCGUGGUCGAGCUCGACUACGAGGACUACCAGCGCUGCUUGAGAGGCAAGGAGACGUGGGCCGUGCCCUUGAUCUGGCACCCGCGCUGUCCCGUCGAUCCCGCGACGAAGAGGCCGUAUGACGCUACUAGAAGAGCGGCGGCGCUAACAUAUGUGGCAAAGCAGUUGGUCAAAGGUCAUGUUGGUGUGAUAAGGGCCUUCCACCUGUGCCUCGAGGGCGGCGAGGACUUCGCUUCUCGCAAAGCGAUGCAUUUGGAGGCGACGCGCGGCGUGCUGCCUGUCCUCACGCCGGAGUUCGCGCUGGAUCCCAAAACGGGCCGGCCGCGCUUUCGCUUGCGGAGCUCCGUGAAAGUGCCGGGGCCGAAGAAGGGGCCCUUGGUCGAUUCUUCGGGGAAAUUGACGGGGAAAAUGAAUCUCAUGGACGCGGCGAGCGGCGCUUCCCGCAGAAUGCGCUUCCAAGAAAAGCUCGACGCGAAGGCGCAGGCUUUGCAUGAGAAGCAUGCACCUGAACCAGUCGUGCGCAACGCGGCCAUCCCGUUGAAGCGGUCGUAGUCGAGCGGUACCUGUGGACGGCGAGGAUGAGGAGGCGCCUGGGGUCACGCCAUCGACGCGACGCCAAUGGAGUUUAAGUAUGUUGUCUGUUACUACGACUAGUGA